CCUAGGUCUGAGCCUCUAGGAGAGGGAAGUUGCGGCUCAGCUCUGAGCCCUGCGUCGCUAGGCGUAGGUCUUCGGCGCCGUGACCCCCAGAGGCGGAGCCGGAAGCGUUACGGCUCGACCCCCGAGCCUUCCGAUUUUCCAGGGGGGCGGCCGUCUUCGCCGCGAGCUGCUCCACCUCUUCUUCUCCCAGUUAGCGGGAGGCCAAAGCCCCCAGUCAGGGCGGGGCGGCGCAGCCCCUGCUGCGGCUCCCGGAAGAGGCGCCAUCUCCCGCCUCCGCCAUGGAGCCCACCGCGCCGUCCCUCACGGAGGAGGACCUCACGGAGGUGAAGAAGGACGUGCAGGGUAUACAGUAUUGAACAGAACAUACAUGGUUCUCAUCUGCUUCAGACAUACAGAUCAUUAAAGCUGGAAACAAACACGUGCAUAAUUACAAAUUAUGGCUUUAGAAAAUUUGCGUGUUUACCUGUGUGAGAAACUCAUAGCUGAGAGACAUUUUGACCAUCUCCGUGCGAAAAAAAUACUCAGUAGAGAAGACACUGAAGAAAUUUCUUGCCGAACAUCAAGUAGAAAACGAGCUGGAAAAUUGUUAGACUACUUACAAGAAAACCCCAAAGGACUAGACACCCUCGUUGAAUCUAUUAGGAGAGAAAAAACACAGAAUUUCCUGAUACAGAAGAUUACAGAUGAAGUACUGAAACUUAGAAAUAUAAAACUAGAAUAUCUGAAAGGACUGAAAUGUAGCAGCUGUGAGCCUUUUCCAGAUGGAGCCACGAACAACCUUUCUAGAUCAAAUUCAAAUGAGAGUAAUUUCUCGGAAAAACUGAGAGCGCCCACGGUCAUGUACCAUCCAGAGGGAGAGUCCAGCACAGCUCCCUUUUUUUCUCCUGUUUCUUCUCUGAACUUGCCCGUCUUGGAAGUAGGCAGAACUGAAAAUACCAUCUUCUCCUCGAGUGCACUUCCGAGGCCUGGGGACCCAGGAGCCCCCGCUUUGCCGCCCGAGCUGCAGUUAGAGGAAGGAGGAACUUGUGGGAACUCAAGCGAGAUGUUUCUUCCCCUACGAUCACGCGCUCUCUCACCGCAGUGACACUUGACUGCCUUCGAAUUUUUUAAUAGUGACAAAAAUGUUUUAAAUGAUAUCAGUCUUUUUAUAAAACCAUUUGAAUGAUUACUUACAUUAGCCAUGUCUUUUAAAAAACACGGGGUAAGCACACUUUGUAAAUAAAUAGAUUAAAAGAAACAUUUCUAGGCUAGCUAAAUGUAAAUCAUGUUGGUCAUGUAUUUUUUCAACAUUUUCUUUUUUGUGGGUUUUUCUCUUUUUUUGGUGUUUUAGUACUUUCAAGUUUUUUAUGUUGUGAGAUUAAUUUUAAUAGGGACCAUUGCUCUGUUUGAAAAUAAACUUUUAGGUGGAAAUAAGGUUUCUCCGAGCUUUGGCAGUCAAUGUGAAGCAUUAAGCUUUUCCUGUUUGGUAAUAAAGCAAACCACAAAUGGGAAAACAGCCUAAAUACUGAAAAGACUCUCUUUCCCUCUUGGUUGGCUUUACUGGUCACUUGCUGAUUCUGGAGGAAUACAUGGUGGAGUUUGAGCCUCCUAAGAUUCGUUUACUAAAAUUCAUUCCUUGCUAACCUUGCUGAUUGAGUCUUUAUCAUUUUCAUUCCUAAAGAAAAGUAUCAUGGUAGAAGCCUCAAGUAUUACAUGUAAUUUGAUGAGAUUUGAAAAACUUUUCUCUGUACUUCUCACUAUCUUUUAAUGAGUUUCACUGUAUAGUUGAAAUAACUAGAAGGGAUUUAUUGGGGUGUAUUGUGUCAGUUAAUAUUCUAAUCAAGUGGACCAUUAGCUAGAGUUAUCCUUUUGUUACAUAACGAAAUUUACUAUUCUACACAUUUAAAAUCUUACACUCUCAUUGGUUUCAUUUAAAUUAUAAUUUGACAUAUGUCCUGAGGUUCAUCUCCUAUAUAUUUCUAUUACUAAAAAAAUUAUAAAUGAAAGUUUCCUAUUAACAAUAAAUGUUUUUUAAUGUUGU